UCGUGCUAACAUGGAGAUGGAGAAUAAGAGGUGCAAUUUAUUACUAGAAAUGGUGGUCCUAUUUCAACUUUGCUUUGCUUUCAGAAUUAGUUCCUCCUUGACAACCACGGGGGAGGGAAACUUAGAAACUUACAUUGUAUUUGUAGAGAAACCAGAAGGUGCAGUAUCCAUGCAACCUAAACAUUUAGACCGAUGGUAUCAGUCAUUUUUGCCAGCUUCCACCUCAAACUCAAACCAAUCCCAAAUUCUAUAUUCCUACCGCAAUGUGUUUAUUGGGUUCGCUGCAAAAAUAACAGCACAAGAAGCAAAAUCCAUGGAAAGGAAAAAAGGAUUUGUCUCAGCCCGUCCAGAGAAGGUGUUGUCUCUUCACACAACUCGUACUCCCAGCUUCUUAGGUCUGCAACCGAAUGUAGGAUUUUGGAACUAUUCCAAUUAUGGGAAGGGAUUGAUUAUUGGAGUUCUGGACACUGGAAUAACACCUGAUCACCCUUCAUUUAGUGACGAUGGAAUGCCUCCUCCACCAGUAAAAUGGAAAGGGAAAUGCGAAUUCAAUGGGACGAUAUGCAAUAAAAAGCUCAUUGGUGCAAGAAGUUUCAGUUCUGCUGGUCAGCCUCCAUUUGAUGUGGUAGGGCAUGGGACUCAUACUGCUAGCACAGCAGCGGGAAGUCCUGUGCAAGGGGCCAAUUUUUAUGGGCAAGCCAAUGGCACUGCGAAUGGCAUUGCACCAUUAGCCCACUUGGCAGUGUACAAGGUUUGCGAGAAAUCAGGUUGCAGGGAGGCUGACAUAUUGGCUGCAAUGGAUUCUGCAGUUGAGGAUGGUGUUGAUGUGAUUUCACUUUCUGUUGGAGGUCCUUCGCUUCCUUUCUACGAUGAUGGUAUUGCAAUAGGUGCAUUUGGGGCGUUUCGAAAGGGGAUUUUUGUGAGUUGCUCAGCUGGGAAUUGGGGUCCACAAGAAAGGUCUUUAUCAAAUGAGGCUCCGUGGAUUGCAACAGUAGGAGCAAGCACUGUAGAUAGAGAGAUAAGAGCAAUAGUGUUGCUUGGAAAUAACUCAACGUUUAAUGGUCAAUCCCUUUUCCAGCCCAAAGAUUUCCCUUCAAAAUUCUUGCCACUUGUUUAUGCAGGUGCCAAUGGCAAUGAAUCAUCUGCGUUAUGUGCACCAGGAUCAUUGAGCAAUGUUGAUGUCAAAGGGAAGAUAGUAUUGUGUGAGAUAGGAGGGGGGAUAGCUGCAAUUGACAAAAGCCAAGAAGUGAAGGAUAGCGGUGGUGCUGCCAUGAUUCUAAUGAAUGAUGAGCGCAAUGGCUAUGUUACUAUAGCCGAUGCUCAUGUUCUACCUGCAUCACAUGUGGGUUACGUGGAUGGAUUAGCCAUCAAAUCUUAUUUAAACUCCACAGCAUUACCAGUUGCUACUAUCAAGUUUAAAGGAACCGUAACUGGUCUGCCCGAUGCUCCUCAGGUUGUUUCCUUUUCCUCAAGGGGUCCUAGCAGGGUAAGUCCUGGGAUCUUGAAACCAGACGUUAUAGGCCCUGGUUUCAGAAUUUUAGCUGCUUGGCCAGUUUCAGUCGAUGAUAGGUCCAAAACAAAAUCAACAUUCAAUAUGAUCUCAGGCACCUCAAUGUCUUGCCCUCAUGUUAGUGGUGUUGCUGCUUUGCUCAAAAGUGCCCACCCUGAUUGGUCACCUGCUGCCAUAAAAUCUGCCAUCAUGACCACUGCUCGUUCAUCAAACCUUGGGGGCAAGCCCAUUUUCGAUCAGCAAUUUGUUCCUGCUAAUGUAUUUGAUAUUGGUGCAGGUCAUGUGAACCCAUCGGAAGCAAAUAAUCCAGGGUUAGUUUAUGAUAUCCAAUCUGAUGAUUACAUUCCUUACCUUUGUGGCCUGGGUUAUUCAGACAAAGAAAUAGGACUUAUCGUGCAGCGCACAGUAAAGUGCUCAAAUGAUUCAAGUAUACCUGAAGCUCAGCUGAAUUACCCUUCAUUUUCUAUCAAAUUGGGAUCUGAUCCAAAGAAAUACACACGAACAGUAACAAAUGUCGGACAGCCAGGCUCAUCUUUCAUCCAUGAGAUUACUGCCCCACAAGGUUUAAAUGUUGAAGUAACGCCUAAUACACUACAUUUCAAUGCAGUGAACCAGAAAGCAACAUACUCGGUGACAUUUAGCAGAAAUGGAAAUGCCACUGGAUCUUUUGCUCAAGGGUAUCUUACUUGGAAGACAGACUUAUAUAGUGUUAAAAGCCCAAUUGCUGUCAUCUUUGAAUGAAGAUUAAAGAAUUAGCCUAUAGUUCUAGAGCUCAAUAGUGCCUGUACAACGCUAAGGGUAUGUUUGUGAAAUGUGAAAUGCUUGAUUUAAUAAUUGUAUUGAAUGCUUGGA